GUCUUGGUUGUUAUUCAGAUCAAAGAUGGCUGCUGUUGUCGGGGAUGGAGAAUAAGACAGGCUGUCUUCCGAACGCAGGCCGAGGAAACGCAUCGAAACUCGCUGAACAAUCGACAUCGAAACCCACCCGGACCGAAGCCAAACCAAUUAAACUCAAUCUAAUUAUCUUCUAAAGCAGGGGGCGCUGUGACCGACCGCAGACAUGGACACCACCACGUCCAUCAAGAUGACCACGCUGGCCAUCCAGAACCUGUUCAGCUACGUGGAGGAGGAGAACCUGGCCGCCAUGAAGGCUCACCUGGACCGCUUCAAGGAGGUGGACGGACGCAGCGACAACGGUCAGACGCCUCUCAUGCUGGCGGCGGAGCAGGGCAGUCUGGAGAUCGUCCAGGAGCUCAUCAGGAGAGGAGCCAACGUCAACCUGGACGAUGUGGACUGCUGGUCGGCUCUAAUCUCUGCUGCUAAAGAGGGUCACGUGGAUGUGGUGAAGGAACUGCUGGAGAACAGCGCCUACAUUGAGCACAGAGACAUGGGCGGCUGGACGGCUCUGAUGUGGGCGGCUUACAAAGGACGUGUGGAGGUAUCGAAGCUGCUGCUGGAGCACGGAGCCAACCCCAACACCACCGGACAGCAGUACAGUGUGUAUCCUAUCAUCUGGGCUGCAGGUCGAGGACAUGCAGACAUCGUUAAACUGCUGCUGGACAACGGCGCCAAAGUCAACUGUUCGGACAAGUAUGGUACCACCCCUCUGAUCUGGGCCGCCAGGAAAGGACACUUUGACUGCGUGAUGCACCUGCUGGAGAACGGAGCCGACGUGGACCAGGAGGGGGCGAACUCCAUGACGGCUCUGAUCGUAGCCGUGAAGGGCGGGUACACCGAGGUGGUGAAGGAGCUGCUGAAGAGGAACCCCAACGUCAACAUGACCGACAAGGACGGAAACACGGCGCUGAUGAUCGCUGCCAAGGAGGGCUACACCGAGAUCGUCCAGGACCUGCUGGACGCUGGGACGUACGUCAACAUCCCCGACCGGAGUGGGGACACGGUGCUGAUUGGGGCGGUGAGGGGCGGCCACGUGGAGAUCGUCAGAGCUCUGCUGUCAAAGUACGCCGACAUCGACAUCAGAGGGCAGGAGAAUAAGACGGCUCUGUACUGGGCUGUGGAGAAAGGAAACGCCACCAUGGUGAGAGACAUCCUGCAGUGUAACCCCGACACGGAGACCUGCACCAAGGAUGGAGAAACUCCUCUGAUCAAAGCCACGAAGAUGAGGAACAUAGAGAUCGUGGAGCUGAUGCUUGAUAAAGGAGCCAAAGUGUCGGCCGUGGACAAGAGAGGCGACACGCCCCUCCACAUCGCCAUCCGCGGCCGGAGUCGCCGCCUGGCCGAACUCCUCCUCAGGAACCCCAAAGAUGGCCGCUUGCUGUACCGCCCCAACAAGGCCGGAGAAACGCCGUACAACGUGGACUGCAGCCACCAGAAGAGCAUCCUCACCCAGAUCUUUGGAGCGCGUCACCUGUCCCCCACAGAGACAGACGGGGACAUGCUGGGUUACGACCUGUACAGCUCUGCAUUGGCCGACAUCCUGAGCGAGCCCACCAUGCAGCCCCCCAUCUGCGUGGGCCUGUACGCUCAGUGGGGCAGCGGGAAGUCUUUCCUGCUGAAAAAGCUGGAAGAUGAGAUGAAGACGUUUGCCGGGCAGCAGAUCGAGCCGUUGUUUCAGUUCUCCUGGCUCGUCGUCUUCCUGUCUCUGCUCCUCUGCGGCUCCAUCGCCAUCGUCCUCGGCUUCACCGUCGACCCGAAACUCGCCAUGGCGGUCUCCCUCAGCUUGUUGGCUCUGCUCUACCUUCUCUUCGUGGUGGUGUACUUCGGUGGGCGUAGGGAGGGCGACAGCUGGACCUGGGCGUGGCUGCUCAGCACCCGCCUGGCCCGUCACAUCGGGUAUCUGGAGCUGCUGCUGAAGCUGAUGUUCGUCAACCCGCCAGAGCUGCCGGAGCAGAGCACCAGAGCUCUUCCUGUCAGGUUCCUGUUCACAGACUACAACCGUCUGUCCAGCGUGGGAGGAGAGACAUCCAUGGCGGAGAUGAUCGCGACGCUGUCGGACGCCUGCGAGAGAGAGUUCGGCUUCCUGGCAACGCGUCUGUUCCGAGUGUUCAAGACUGAGGAGACGCAAGGUAAGAGGAAGUGGAAGAAGACGUGCUGCAUCCCGUCCUUCGUCCUCUUCGUCCUGGUGCUGGCCUGCCUGAUUACCGGCAUGGCGCUUCUGGCCAUCUUUAAGGUGGACGGCGAGAACCAGACGGUGAACGCCGUUCUGAUCGCCAUCGCCAGCGUGGUGGGUCUGGCCGUGCUGCUGAACUGCAAGACGUGGUGGCAGGUGACGGACUCGGUGCUGAAUUCUCAGAGGAAGAGGCUGCACAGCGCCGCCAACAGGAUGCACAAACUGAAGAGCGAGGGCUUCAUGAAGGUGCUGAAAAACGAGGUGGAGCUGAUGGCGAGGAUGGCGAAGACCAUCGACGGCUUCACACAGCAUCAGACGCGGCUGGUGGUCGUCAUUGACGGUCUGGACUCCUGCGAACAGGACAGAGUCCUGCAGAUGCUCGACACGGUCCGGGUUUUAUUCUCCAAAGGUCCGUUCAUCUCCAUCUUUGCCAGCGACCCUCACAUCAUCAUCAAAGCCAUCAACCAGAAUCUUAACAGCGUCCUCAGAGACUCCAACAUCAACGGACACGACUACAUGAGGAACAUUGUCCACCUGCCCGUCUUCCUCAACAGCCGAGGACUCUCCAGCGCCAGGAAGAUGUGUGCUGCCGCGCCGACCAACGGGGAUGCCACCAACUCUGAAGCGGGUUGGCACGAGGAGCUGGACAGGAAGCUGUCUCAGCACAGUUUGGGAGAAUUAACGAAGUUUGGAAGCAAAACGACGCUAAAUCGCCGGGACACGUACCGGCGACGUCAGGUGCAGCGCUCUGUGACUCGUCAGAUGUCCUUCGACCUGACGAAACUGAUGGUGACGGAGGAUUGGUUCAAUGACAUCAGCCCACAGACCAUGAGGAGGCUGCUCAACAUCGUCUCUGUCACCGGUCGUCUACUGCGAGCCAAUCAGAUCAGCUUCAACUGGGACCGCCUGGCGUCAUGGAUCAACCUAACCGAACAGUGGCCCUACAGGACUUCCUGGCUCAUCCUGUACCUGGAGGAGACCGAUGGAGUUCCAGACCAGGUCACCCUCAAGACCAUCUAUGAGAGAGUGUCAAAGAACAUCCCGACCACCAAGGACGUGGAGCCGCUGCUGGAGAUUGACGGAGAUGUCCGCAGCUUUGAGGUCUUCCUGUCGUCACGGACACCGGUCCUGACAGCCAGAGACAUCCGGACCUUCCUGCCCUGUACGGUCAACCUGGACCCAAAACUCAGAGAGAUCAUUGCAGAUGUUCGUGCAGCUCGGGAGCAGAUGAACAUGGGCGGAGUCCCGUAUCCAGCCGUCCCCCUACCUGAAGCUCAGCCCCGCCCCACCUCGGUCUACAGUCAGGUGUCUUCCACCUGUUCGCCGUCUGCCUCCUUUAGCGGACCUUUCAACCAGCCACCAGGGAGCAUCAUCUCCCCACAGCCUCACAGCAGCUACUACAGUGGCAUGGUCGGCCCGCAGCACCCCUUCUACAACAGGCCAUAUUUCCCCCACCACCUUUACCAGCUGCCACGCCCACUCGUGGCCUCCUUUCCACCACACCUUCAUCCAUGUCUGCCUCCUAAAAUCUCCGUCAGCAGGGCCGCCGCCACAGCCUGUCAGAGUUCAUCUUUGAAAAGGAAGCAGGGCUCGGCCUCCGUCGUGUCUGGAGCUCCGCCCAUCCUCCUCAGCUCCAUGACGACGGACGGCGUGUGUGAGCGUGUGCGGCAGAUUGAAGGCAUGGAUCAGAACAUGGUGGCUCAGUACACCGCCACCAUAAGGAAGGCGAAUGUGAACGGCCGGGUUCUAUCUCAGUGUAACAUCGACGAGCUGAAGAAGGAGAUGAACAUGAACUUCGGAGACUGGCAGCUGUUCCGAGCCACGGUUCUGGACAUGCGCCACAUAGAGAGCCAGGUGCUUCAUGAAGAAGCUGCCAGCGAGCAAGGCAGCGUAAUAGGAGGUCAUGCCGAGGCCCCGAGACGAGCAGCGGCUCCCCCCCAUGCCGGCGCCGCCAACCCAGACGCCAUGUACAGCUUCAACCUGAGCUUCGAGGAGCUGAGCGGUGUGGGACUGGACGAAGCGCCGCGACACGGAAACAUGCCAUGGAUGGGCCCCGCCCACCGGACCGCCAGCAUGACCAGCCUGAACUCUCAGGAAUCAUCCAACGACAUCUCCAAGCUGACGGACAAGCAGCAGGCCGAGUACCGCUCUGCCUACCAGGAGUACAUCGCCCAGAUGGCCCAGCUGGAGAUGGGCGGCGGUGGCGGGGAGAAGCCUGUCCAACCACAGCCGGAGCAGUUCAUGACAUCAUCAUCAUCAUCUGAUGACAAAAGCAAAGACGGCAGUGAGCAAGACGGACGCAAGUCUUUCAACAAGAAGAGUGCCACCAAGCCGGCAGCCGACGGCACCGACUUCGCCUCCAACAGCGACACUCUGGACCCAAUCACAGAGGAGGACGAGAAGGGCGAGCACGGAUCCUCCAAGUCUCUGCUGACCCGCAAAACGUCAGGCGAGAGAGGCGGGCUGUUCCAGGGUGCCGCCGACCUGAAGCUAAAGGCCGGCGGCGGGCUGCGUUACCAGAAGCUGACCAGCGACGACGAGGAGUCCGAAGAGUCCGACAAUGCUCCCCUGCUGAAAGACGGCAAGAAGACGGCGGACCCGAAGCUGCCAGGCGGCUCUCUGGCGCUGAAGGGGAAGGACUACCUGUCAGACGCCAUGCUGGACAAGAAGGACUCGUCCGAUUCCGGCGUGCGCUCCAACGAGAGCUCGCCCAACCACUCGCUGCAGGAUGAGGAGGCAGACCUGUCGCAGCUGGACAGAAGCAACCUGAUCGAGCUGGACGAGGAGAGCUUGGCCCGGAAGCGUGGCCUUCCAAGCAGCCUGAGCGGUCUUCAGGACCCGGCGGUGGCCCGGAUGUCCAUCUGUUCCGAGGACCAGUGCAGCCUGCUGGCCAGCAGCCCCGAGGAGAGCUGGCCAUCCUCCAGGAGCUACAACCUGAACCGCACUCCCAGUAACGUCACCCUGAACAACAACACCAACGCCCAGCAGGGCAACCGGCCCCGCCCCCCAACAGAGGGUCCCACAUCCUCCUCCUCCACUGCUGACGUCAUCAUCCCCCCGAGCUCCACCUCCACCCGGCCGGGCCCCAACAAUGAGAACGUCCGAGUGGUUCACCUGAAGAGGGGCCUGAAGCCUGGGGACCCGCCAGAGAUCUGCACCGUGUCAUCCGACACUGUCACCUUCGGCGAGGAGCGCGAGAGCAUCCUGUGAGCUGGUGAUGAAGAGCUGCCUCCCACUGCCACCGCCUCGACCAAUUAGAAGCAGCUGACGAGAAAUUUGAUUUGAAGUAAAAAAUAAGUAUUUGUGGCUGUAACAUCUGAAGGAGGAAGAGCAGGAGAAGAGGAGGGUGGCUGCUAGUAGACGUGUAGUCGUAUCUGUGAUGUCCUUGUGACUUAGCUGUGAUGUCAUCAGUAGUGCUCCUUGCAUGCUCUGUAGUCAGUAGAUGAAGCUCAGUGGUGUUCAGGUUUUGUUGUGACUAGAAGCUUCUGCAUGUUGCUGUUGUGACAUCGUGUUACCAUGACGCCAGGGGAGGAGCUAGCCAGGUGGCCAGGUUGACACCUCCGACAUCUGAUUGGACACCCCAGGUGCCACCUCAGAUGACUGACAAGUCACUGGAGGAGGACAGAAACUCCUUUCCGGAGACACAUCUCAGAUAGCACAACAUGUUUGGCCCAAAUGUGGCCCACAUCUGGCGCCGUAUUUGGCCUUGACUUUCGGUGUUGAUUCCUUGUAAUUGUGGCUGUCAAAACUCAACGUCCACCACAAAGAAACUGUUGUAAUCUAUUAGGCCCAAAUGUGCCUGCUAUCUGGGAUGGAUCACUAGUAUCACUACACCAGUUUGAGGUACAUUUUAAAGUAGUUUACUAAUGGGUCAUCAUCUAAAAAUAUUUACAUUUCUAGAAGACAUUUAGUCCCUGUGCAGGUACAACUACUAAUGUCAUGUAAGGCUAUGAUGUUAGCUUGAAGCUACGCAGCAGUGCUAACCUAGUUCUAGCACUAAAUUAGUUUUCAGAUAAUGUGGGGGAACCAGGUCAUAUUUAGUUUUCAGUGAGUGUAUUUAGGGACUACACAUCUACUCAGUCAAGGUUUUUACAUUGGAGCUGAAAAUAAAGUAUAAAGAUGCUCAAACAGUACCUUGGUAUCCAGGUUACUUAGCGCUACCUAUGCUAGCGCUACAUGAUCCAGUUUAAACAGGAGGCUAGCAAGCCUUCUAGCUGGUUUAAAGUAUUGAACAUGUUGCAAAUAUUUCUACUUGGUGAUCCAGAUUAUUAAUGUAAAGGUGUUAUUAUUUCUCAUGUCUCUUCUUACCCCAUGACCCCCUGAUAUGCACCCCCCUGCAUGAUGAUGUGAUUGGUCAGCACCGCCAGUUCCAGGUGUUUGUUGUUUGUGUCGUCAGGUUGAAGCUGCCAGUUUGAUGUUUCUGGUGAUUGAUCAGUGUUAACCAGCCAGUCGGUGUUUAUUGAAAGAACAGAGUCCUGAUGAUGUUUGUGUGUAAACAUCUGUGAUCAUGUGACUUGUUGUUCACUAAAGAACAAAUAAAAUCUAGAUGUU